ACUCCGACGAGGAUCGUCGGAGGAUCGCAAACCGAUCGGCUGGUCCCUCGGAUAUCGACGGGCGCGAUCGUUCGCAGUUACCACGAUCACGACACGAGUGGAGGACCCCAAUUGCGACACGGCAGCCUCCCGACGGAGAAUAGACCGACCGGGGAUCACGAGGAUCGUUUCGGAAGGACGUCGCCGACAAUGUGCAGAUUUCUGGUGCGCUGUUAUGUCACUCUGACGGCCAUCUGACACGCAGUAACGAUUUACCGGUGCAUCUUCAUCCCGCUUGUCCGUCUUGUCCGGUCCGGUAUCGUGGCUUUAGUAUCAUCAAGGGUCUCAGCGUGAAAGAUCAGUUCGUCCAGUUUCGACGGUCCAGGUAAACGACGCAACAGUGAACGACGACGGCCUACGACGGACAUUCGGCGCUUUCGGAGCAACAUCGAGCAGCAACGUCGAGUUCGCGGCGAGGUCGCGAGUGCGCAAGUGGAUGCGAGCAGAAACUGUCAACCGGAGCAACCGAGGACUCCCUUGCAGAAGGACGAGGAAGAGAUGACCCUCGUGCUGGUGGUGGCCGUAACGUUCGCCCUCGCCGCACUAAGGCGGUGCUCGGUGUUAUACACGGUCACUCUCACGAGUCUCGCCUUCUUCCUAUGUACGGAGAUGAACUCGGUUUCGGGAUCCCACAAUGACAAAGAACUCGCCCCGAAUAAUUCCGAUAUUGACGUGGUACGACCCUGGUUACGACCUUGCGGUUCUGGGGUGGUGACCAUGCUGAAGAAGCCGUUGCAGAGGCACAAUGCGCACAAGGUCCUGAAGAGGGUGCGGACGCAGCUGCGUGUCGCGCAGAAUCACUUCAGGAAGGAUCUCAAGGACAUAUUCGAAAUCUACUCGAAGCAUUUUUACAAAGUGCUAAAGAGGCAAUACAAUAUGCCUUGGCUGCCUUGCAUGCAGCUCGAGUGGUACUACAACAACGUUUCGUGCUUGCCGAAGAAUCAGAAGGCUGAACGUGCCUUGCCACAAUUACAUGAUGCUCUUCAGAGAUUCGCCAUUACGUUCUACUCCCUUCAGAAAUACAAUUUGCAGUCCGACAUCGAGUCCGCCGUCACCAUGAUAAGGCGGAACGAGAUCAUCGACGGAAUGCACAACGAGAUUCUUAGGUUACUGUGCGAAGUGGAGACCGCUAUCGUAAACCUAGGAUUGAAAAUGCCUCGCACACGUACGGAGAGGGUGAUCAAUAAGAAGAACUGGCAGGAGAAGGGCGAUUUGACUCGAAUGUUGAUCCAGGAUUGGGGUGUGCUAAAAGUCUAUCGCAUAUUCCUGAACGACUGGAUGACGGUUUUCCGCAACGCCACCAAGAAGGGAACCGGUCGUUGCGUUCAUAUCAAGUCUCUUUUUCGGAAUAUGAAAAACAGGGGAAAGAGUACCAAGGAAACGAAUAACCCGAAGAAACCUAAAAUCGUCGAGCCGAUGAGGCCGGAUCUUGCUAUGAUCGAUGAUUAUUCUUUGCAAAAUAGUUCCUCGCCUUUGCUCGGUCAAACCAGUUUCUUGCCUGCGAAACCCCUGAAGGAACCUCAAACAAAUGGACUGAAAAAGGAACCUCAAAGAAAUGGAAAGAAAAGGAAGCACAAAAAGGGAGAAAAAGAAGAACUAAUCUAAUUGAAAAGGCGUAGGUGACAUUUCGAAUCUGAACAGAUUCGCAUUUAGCACUGAUGAGAUCUGUUGAUUAUUUCAAGACACCGCUCUGUACAGCAUCGAAUCGUACACUGACAUAUUAACAUAACUUUUAUAUUUAUUCCAUCGCGAUCAUUCAUCUAGAUAGUUUUGCUCGUUUUAGUAUUUCACAGUUUUGCCAACGGAAAACGUGCCCGAUAUUGCAUUAAGAUUAAGGUAUCUCGACAGCCGUGAAUAAAUAAGUGUUUAAUUUGCGACAAGUCUUUCUGAUAGUAUUAGAAGCGACACUGUCCCGGAUUGUGGCGCUAAAAAUAAUUUUAGAUUGAUUGAUAAAACACGGCUGCAUACUAGAGACCAGUAUUAAGAGAUCUACUUCAGAACAGUAUUAUAUCUAAUAACAUACAUAAUACCGAGUUUAGUUGAUAGAAUCUUGAUAGGAACGUUUCGAGGUAUUAGGUAUAUCCGAAUCGAUCAGACUCAUGAAGUAUCGGUCCAAUAAAUCAUAGUCGCUCAGUGAACCUGAAAUUCGUGGCCGUAUAGUGUGUAUAUGUAAGAGAAGUGCCAGAAGCCCGUUUUCACUUCCGGAUAUUUUCAGUUAGCUGAAAAAUUGCUGACGAGAGAACAGAAUUCGUUGUCGAUCGUUAUCGAAACGCGUAUAUCCGAGGAGUAUAGAGAGGAAGAGAGGCUCAGAAAAAAGCAGACAUAGAAAUAGACUAGACAUUUCGCACAUCUCACCGUGAUUGUUGCGUGCGAUACUCAUAUCGAUAUGCCAACUAGUAAUAGAUUAUGCUCACGAUCAAAGGGGCUCGUUACACGGAUGCUGAUCCAAGACCUGAUUUGGUCGAAUCGGAAUCUGCGAUACGUGCCAGGUGAACGUGAAAGGAUCAGCGACGAGAUCACCGACAUUCAAAUGACUCGCGAAACUUAUUUAUUCAUUAAGCUUUAACCCACGAACGGAUGGCGAGAGCUUAAUUCAGCUGUGAUAACCCGAGUGUACGCGAACGUACAGAGUUCCUACGUUUAACAUAGGCACAUAUACAUACACUUGCAUUGUAUAGAUAGCUGCGGGGCCGUUACAAGGCAGUACGCAAUUUACGCUCCAGCAUCAGGUGCAAAAUUUGGAGAAACGCAAAAAUUUAAAAACUUUAAAAUCUAUAAAAAUAUGAAAAAAGCAAAAAAAAGCGGAUUAUCCUGCUGCGUCCUCGUCGCGGUUUUGGGUAGCGCUAAAAGCAGGAUUUUUAUUUUCGCUAGGGCGCGAAUGAAUUCCAGCGUAGGGGCACCUAAGACUGUCGUAACGGCUCCGAUUGUAUAGAUAGGUAUCGUGUGUCGACGCACACUGUACGCACUUAAUGACGUAGGAUAAUUCUCUCCUCUUUUUCGGUGUAUCUACCGUAGAAUCUCGCCUUGUUGCGCGAACAUGACAAUUUACCUUAGAUACCAUAUACUACUGGACCGCGCAUUCAUGGUGGGGAGUGUUGCCGAGUUAAGAGACAAGGAUAGCAUGUGAGAUAUGAAGAUAUAACAAAGAAACUAAUACUAUUAAUGGUAUUAGUUUCCUUGUCACACGCGUGGUUGAGCAAUGUCUCUUUCCCGUAACUCGGCAACAGCCAGAACAAUAGAACAAUGAUGUGCGCGGUCCAAUAGUAUAUCUAAGCAAUUUACCUUUCGUAAAUUAUCUUUUGAAAAAUUAUCUUCCGUAGUUAGCCCGUUGACUGUUCGCGCGAUUAUUGUACGCGCGUGGACAACGCGAGAUACGUUUUAAAACGCAGCGGAAGAAUCCGCGGGGAUUCCGCCUUUCCUUUUUCUUGUGGAAGGAGCCUCCCGCGGUUCCUUCCAUCUCGCUCCAAAUCAGAUCUUCAGGUCGGCUAUGUAACGAUAGAUCGAUAAAGAGAGGAUAAUCAGUGAGAGAAUGUCAAGAGAAUCCGUUCGCGCGAAUUUUGACUUUUAUCUGCGCGCCAGCAUGCAACAAAGGCUGCGUUCCGAUAUUGACUGCCAGUACUGAAAAGCUAUAGUUUAUGUCACGUAUACUAUAAAUUUUCAGUACUGGCAGUAAUAUCGGAACACAGCCAAAGUAGCAUCUCCUUUGCGAUAGGCUAAAACCAAUAUUUAUCUGUACAUCCGACGUUUUAUACUGGAACGAUACUUAGACAAACUAGUAUUUUAGCGUUAGACGUAUUUUUUCUUCUUUUUUUUCUUUCUUGGACAUAUAACGCACGAUUCGUAGACGCGCGUUUUAGACAUUAUCCAUUUUAUUAAGUAUAUGUAGCAUAUUUAUUCGAGCGAGUACACAUAUCGGUACAUCUACACGGCGCGCCGCGGCGUUCUAUCGUUCUAUUUAUUUAUCACGUUACCAUUGUCUGUGUAUUAUUUAUUGUCAUUUCCUUUAUAUGUAAUCGUUCGAAAUAAAUUGAGUGUUUUGUAUC